AUUAAUCAUUGAAAAGUUCGUUUAGCCGUUAACCAAGUCUGUCAUCUAUAUUUAAAUAUAAUAGUUAACGCUAGUUAAUCUAUAGUUUAAUUAUUUUUUUCUAAUUUUAUAAGCACUAAACUAGAUACUAUUAUGGUUUCAAAAUAUAUAUUAUUAUUAUUGCUGCUACAGUCGAUUGUCUGUUUCUGGAUCCCGAUAAAUAGCGAAAAAUGCCAAAAUUCGAAUAAAAACAAAACAGACGGAUUUUACAGUGCCCCACCAUGUGGUGAAGGAAAGUUCCGCGACCCAAUAGAGAUCUUGGGUGAAAAAUACUCGGAAUCAAAAAUCAAGCAUUUGUGCAAGGCUAAUUUGCUCAUGUAUGCCGAUAUGAUUUUUGAUGUGACUUUCCCACCCGAUGCCAUCAAACUUUGCGAAUGUGUGUGUGAAAGUUACAAAGCCUCAAUGCACAUUGCACCGGGAAUAAAUAUAACAUUGAUUAAUUCCAAUUGCGAUUACUCCGGUGAUACAAUUAUCGAAGAACGUUCGGCUAACGAAACUCACGCAACAAUGUGUCCGGACCUGAGCACUGCAUGCGUGUGCUCAUAUAACGUUCGAUGCAACCGCAAGACAAGGUUAAUGAAAUACACGUUAACACCGAAUGAAAAAGGAUACCUUAGAAUAGCGGUAGCAAAUUGUGGGGAAUCCGCCUGUGUCACUUGAAUCUUACACCUUCCCUCAAAAGUUACGCGUAAACGCGACAACGGAACUGCGUAACUUAUAAAACUUCGUCACGUGCAUCUUUGGGUGGUUAGGAAAACUAGUGACAUAGAUGGGUUUUCUGCAAUUGAAAAACACUACUCCAUAAGACAUUUUUGUUGGUUUAGUAUCAAUAAAUGUAUAAUAUUCGGCUGGCCUUGUUUAGCGGUCGCACCGAACUUUGUAUAGGAGCGCA